GCCGGGGAAACGUUGACUCUCUCCAUCGGCGGGGAGAACGGCACUGGCGUAGAGGUCGCCGUCCACCGGCGGGGCGUGUCGGACGCCGCGCUGUCGCUGGGCGACGCCCACCUGCCCGCGGGCCUCCUCACGGGCGGCGGUGCCCGGGCCACGCCGGCGUGCGGGACGCUGGACGUGCACGAGACCGACUGGAUCAGGAGC